GCAAAAUUUCUUGUUAAUAAAAAUACAUAUCAUCCAAAAGCACCUAUUGUUUUUGAAGAACAAGAUUUUUAUAGACAGGUUUUAUAUUAUUUUACUCAUAAAUAUGAAAAUGAACCAAAUUUAUUAGCUUAUAUACAUUGA